AUGAUCCACUGGACACGUCAGAUUAAAGCAGUGCUCAGCGCUCAAUCCGUGAGUGACAUGGGAGACACCUCGGGCCCGCUGGAGGAGAUCUCUUUCUGGAAGAGCCGCUGUGCUGAUCUGGAAAGCAUUAGUAAGCAGCUCCAGAAACCUGGAGUCUGUCAUAUACAGGCCAUUCUUCAGCUCCACACAUCAAACUACAUCCCAUCCUUCUGUGAACUAGCCAAGCAGAUCCAGGACAGCACUUUGCAGGCCCAGUCAAACAUCUCCUUCCUGUCCUUACUGAAAGAGCCUUGUGAGGAGCUUGCUCAGCUUAAACCUCGUGAGAUUGUACCCAAACUCGCUCACAUCCUCAACAUAAUUCGUGUGAUAUGGGUCAACUCCAGCUACUACAACACCCAUGACAAGAUCACAGCUCUGUUAUCCAAGAUGAGUAGUGAGAUCAUCCGUCAGUGCUGUCGGCAGAUCUCUCUGGACAGGAUCUUUCAGGGUUACGUGAUCUCCAGCAAGCAGAUUCUGAAUGACUGUAUCCAGUGCUGUCUGGCUUGGAAAGAGCUCUACUUGCACAACUCCCAGCUCCACCACAAGUACAGUAGCCUUAAAUCAUCUUUUCUGUCUAUCCGAGUUGUGCUCUGUUCUCCACGGCACAGGAACACGACACUGGGAUUGCACUGUGUUACAGCAGCACCUAUUCACUUGACACGCCAUAACUGA